CCUGGCUUCCUGAGGUUCAGGACUCGUUUCAGCCCAAUCCCAAGACGAAGACGACGCAUGUGUGCCAUUCCCUCGUGUGUGCCUUGAUUCCAUCCCAUUGCUCCACCCCUAGGCGGACUGUCGCCGCCCACUCUUGGCCACUCUUCCCUUUGAAGACUCAGGUCGCCGCCCUAAGCUGAGCUCUCCCCAAGCCACCCAGCCAGCCCGUGAGCCAGUGCGGAAAUUUGAGCGUACUUCUCGUGGAGAGAAUCUCCAUGGUGAGGCGCCCCUUUGGACCCGAGGUCAAAGUCCAGCAUCGUCCUUAUGAGCGCCUCAUCCCCGUCCGAUCUCAGCCCUAACCGGACUUGCGGCUCGUCUCCGCCCGCUCAGCCCGCUCAGCCGGCCGCCGCCAGCGCCACGCUCCGCCUCCAAUUGGAAUUCUCGGGCGGGGCGGAGCUGUUGGUGGGCCAUCGUCGACAACACGCCGUGGCCGUGGACGGGCAGCGGGUGCGGAACUUGGGCGAUUUGCUGCUCUGGAUCAAGGACCACCUGUUGGAGGAGCGUCCGGAGUUGUUCCUCAAGGACGGGUCGGUGCGUCCCGGCAUCCUGGUGUUGGUCAACGAGGCCGAUUGGGAGUUGAUGGGCCAGACCGACUACGUCUUGGCCGACCAGGAUCAAAUCACCUUCAUUUCCACCCUUCACGGCGGGUAG